UACCCUCACUGAGUACAUCCAGGGUCCAUGCACCGGCAACCAGCAGAGUUUAGCCCAUAGUCGGCUGUGGGAUGCUGUGGUUGGCUUUCUACAUGUUUUUGCUCACAUGCAGAUGAAAUUGUCUCAGGACUCCAGUCAGAUCGAGUUACUGAAGGAACUGAUGGAUCUGCAGAAAGACAUGGUGGUUAUGCUGCUGUCGAUGUUAGAGGGUAAUGUGGUGAAUGGGACCAUUGGAAAGCAGAUGGUGGAUAUGUUGGUUGAGUCCUCCAACAAUGUAGAGAUGAUCCUUAAGUUCUUCGACAUGUUCCUCAAACUGAAGGACCUGACCUCCUCAGAUGGGUUCAAGGAAUAUGACCCUGACGGAAAAGGUGUCAUCUCCAAGAGGGACUUUCAUAAGGCCAUGGAGAGCCAUAAACACUACACCCAGUCAGAGACGGAGUAUCUGCUGUCAUGUGCUGAAACUGAUGAGAAUGAACUUCUUGACUAUGAAGAGUUUGUGGAGCGCUUUCAUGAGCCAGCCAAGGACAUUGGCUUCAACGUGGCGGUUUUGCUGACCAACCUGUCAGAGCACAUGCCUCAUGACACCCGGCUGCAGACUUUCCUGGAGUUGGCAGAAAGUGUCCUCAAUUACUUCCAACCAUACCUAGGCCGUAUCGAGAUUAUGGGAAGUGCAAAGCGGAUCGAGAGGGUCUACUUUGAGAUCAGCGAGUCCAGUCGUACACAAUGGGAAAAACCUCAGGUAAAGGAAUCCAAGCGUCAGUUCAUCUUUGAUGUGGUGAAUGAAGGAGGGGAGAAAGAGAAGAUGGAGCUGUUUGUGAAUUUCUGUGAGGACACCAUAUUUGAAAUGCAGCUGGCAGCUCAGAUGUCUGACGCUGGUGAGCGCUUGGCGAUAAAAGAGGAGAGCGAGCGUGAGAAGCCAGAUGAGGAGAGCCCCGAUGUGGGGUUCUUUUCUGUCACCACGGUCUACAUGGCACUGCUAGCACUUCGAUAUAACAUCAUGCUGCUAAUAAAGGUACUGUCCAUGAAGAGCUUAAAGAAGCAAAUGAAGAAGAUAAAGAACAUGACUGUGAAGGACAUGGUAACCACCCUGGUCUCCACCUACUGGUCGGUGUUGCUGGGCCUCCUCCAUGUGGCAUUCAAUGUGGCUCGAGGAUUCUGCAGAAUCUUCUACAACACUUUCAUUGGAGAAAACCUGGUGGAGGGGGCCAAGACCAUAAAGGUGUCAGAGCUGUUGGCCAAUAUGCCAGACCCUACUCAAGACGAGGUGCGCGGUGAGGGGGAGAACAGGGAGAAAAGAUCUGAUCACAGCUCCACCGGGGAAGACUUGGCUGACCUGACAGUCAAUACCAGUGAGACAGAGCUGCUGUCAGACAUUUUUGGUCUGGACUUAAGAAGGGAAGGGGGCCAGUACAAAAUCACCCCCCAUAACCCCAACGCCAGCUUUACUGAACUUCUCAACUCCCCGGUUCCCCUUCCAACUCCACCUACAGCACCCCAACCUGAAGUCAGAAGGAGACAUCAGUCAAAGAGCUCAGAGGAGAUGGAAUCAAAACCAGAGAGUAAAUGUGAACCUCAAAAAACAUCUGAAAGUGAUGUUGUAGAGAAACAAGAGAAACAGUCAAAGAACGAGACAAUGAAACCAAAAAUGAGGAGGCAUCACACCUCAAAGUCUGACGAACCUGAUGUUCAGGAGUCAGCUUUCUUAAAGAAGAUCAUUGCCUACCAGAGGAAACUGCUGAACUACUUCGCCAGAAACUUUUACAACAUGAGGAUGUUGGCUCUGUUUGUUGCCUUUGCAAUAAACUUUAUCCUUCUGUUCUAUAAGGUUUCUACAUCCUCAUCAGUGACUGAGGAGAGGGAAGUUGUGCACACCAGCCAUUCAGAGAGCAGCAUUCAGUGGGAUCCACUAGGUGGGGCAACUGUGGAUGCAAAGGAAGAGGUGAUGGAUCAGACCAGCACGCCCCAGAAGCCUGUCACCGUUCGUUUUGUCCUGGAAGAGAGCAGUGGCUACAUGGAGCCCAUGUUACGGAUCCUUGCUGUCCUGCACACGGUCAUCUCCUUCUUCUGCAUCAUUGGAUACUACUGUCUUAAGGUGCCACUGGUGAUCUUUAAACGUGAAAAGGAGGUCGCUAGGAAGCUGGAAUUUGAUGGCCUUUAUAUAACAGAGCAGCCAUCAGAAGAUGACAUCAAAGGACAGUGGGACAGACUGGUAAUCAACACACAAUCUUUCCCCAAUAACUACUGGGAUAAAUUUGUGAAGAGAAAGGUGAUGGAUAAAUAUGGAGAGUUUUAUGGCCAUGACCGAAUCAGUGAGCUGCUGGGACUGGACAAAGCUGCUCUGGACUUCAGUGAUGCUCACAAAAAGAGAAAACCCAGGAAAGACAGUUCGCUCGCUGCAGUGCUGAACUCUGUUGAUGUCAAGUACCAGAUCUGGAAGCUGGGGGUUGUGUUCACAGACAAUUCCUUCCUGUAUCUGGCCUGGUAUAUGACCAUGUCCAUUCUGGGUCACUACAACAACUUCUUCUUUGCUGCCCAUCUACUGGACAUUGCCAUGGGUUUUAAGACACUGCGUACCAUUCUCUCCUCAGUCACACACAAUGGCAAACAGCUAGUGUUAACUGUUGGCCUAUUAGCAGUGGUGGUGUACCUCUACACAGUAGUGGCCUUCAACUUUUUCAGGAAGUUCUACAACAAGAGUGAAGAUGGAGAACUGCCAGAUAUGAAGUGUGAUGACAUGCUGACAUGUUACAUGUUCCACAUGUAUGUGGGAGUGCGAGCAGGUGGAGGAAUUGGUGACCAGAUCGAGGAUCCAGCUGGUGAUGAGUACGAAAUCUAUCGGAUCAUCUUUGACAUCACUUUCUUCUUCUUCGUCAUUGUAAUCCUCCUGGCUAUCAUCCAGGGGUUAAUCAUUGAUGCUUUUGGAGAGCUGAGGGAUCAGCAGGAACAAGUGAAAGAAGACAUGGAGACCAAAUGUUUUAUCUGUGGAAUAGGUAAUGACUACUUUGACACCGUGCCACACGGCUUUGAAACGCACACUCUACAGGAGCACAACUUAGCCAACUACCUAUUCUUUCUGAUGUAUCUCAUCAACAAAGACGAAACAGAGCACACAGGCCAGGAGUCUUACGUAUGGAAAAUGUACCAGGAACGUUGUUGGGAGUUUUUCCCUGCUGGUGACUGUUUCCGGAAACAGUAUGAGGAUCAACUCAACUGAGUCAACCUUGGAGUGACAGACGCUUAACUCUGAAAGGCCCGCUGCAGCCAUUUGGCCUCUGCUUGUCCCUCAAACGUUUAUUACUUUUCUGAGGAGGCUGUAUUCUACCAAAUGAUGGGUUCCUCUCUAUGCGUCAUCUCUCCUCAAGUGGCCACGCUCUUCAACGGGACACACCCUGCCAUUGUAGUCCAGACAGCCAGCUCCACCCCCCGACCUUCAGCACACUCUGUUCGGAAUGCUUUUGAAACCUUGUACAUAGAAAACUUCAGAAAAUAUGAUGUACAAUACAUGACAGGUGGCAGGUCUAGAAUUUUUUCACUCUGAUGACUUCUGUGCUUCAUCUUAUUCUAUAUUCAAAGUAACUUGCAAAAAAUACAAAGGCUUAAUGGACUGACGGUAAAACAAGAAACCUAAAGAAUGUUUUACUUUUAAUAUGACCAUGUUUAUGGCCUUUCAUGUUUAUAAUGCACGAUUCAUAUAGGUACAGGUGGUGGAUACAAUAAUCAAACAAGUUGACGGCUUAUUCUGGCAAGAAGAACUCUGCAGCAAAUCUACACUUCAAUAAGCUUAAAGACGUGCUGACCUGAAUACGAUGGACAAUGAAAAUCGAACACAGCACCAACGUGGAGACUUCAGAACAAUCACAAAGCUGAAUGAAGCCCCUGUGCAAUGAACAUUUUCACAAACAGAGCUGCUGUGUUGAGUUGGAUUACAGUUUGGUCCAAAGUGUUUGAACAAUGACACAUGUUCUUCUCACUUUACUUACUUAUACCACCAUCACAGUGGAUCUCAAAUCAAACAAUCUAGAUCACUAAAUACUUGAUUUGCCUUCAGCUACGGCUUGUUUGUGUUCUUCUGCCUUCACUUUUUUGUUCGGUAAAAGAAAAGCAUGCUCUUUUGGGUUGAAAUCAAGUGAGAGACUUGGCCAUUGAGGAAUAUCACAUUUCUUUGGCUUAAGAAAACCUUGAGGAUAAACAUAUUUUCAAAAGCUAGCCAUGUAGUAAACACCCUUUAUCACUGUCAAUUUAGGCAAGAAUACACUUUGACAGAAAACAUCGAAAAGAGUCCACCCGGUCCUGUAUUAAGUUCUGUAAACAGAUGAAACCCAGGCUGACUUGUACCACAAUGAUGGGAAGAGAAAAGUAUGGAGAACAAAAGGAACGGCUCAUGAUCCAAAACACACCAUCCAUCAGAUGUGAUACAGUGCACUGGCAUGUGGGGCUGCCAGUGGAACUGGGUAGAAACAGCAGAAUUAAUUGUGAAAUGUUCAGGGCUGUACUCUGCUCAAAUUCAGCCAAAUGCUGCAAAACUGGUUGGAAAGAGCAAACUGAUAAUGACCUCACCACAAAAGAAACCCAAGAAUUUCUCAGUAUUCAAGAGAUAUUCUUCAACAGCCAAGUCAGUCCCCUGAUCUUAACCCAGCAGUUUUAUUUAUAUGCAUUUUAUUUAUUAAAUCAAAAACAUAAUGGUGAAAAACUCACAAACGUGCAGUAACUGAAGGCAGUGGAAGUAAAGGCCAAUGGUGGACAGUGUUGGUCAAGUCACUUGAAAAAAGUAAUCAGUAACUAAUUACCGAUUUUGCAAUAGUAAUCCCUUACUUUACUUGUUACCUGAAAAAAGUAAUCAGAUUACAGUAAUGCAUUACUUCCCAUCUCUGAUGGUGGAUCUCAAGGGAAGAAACAUUUGCCGAUGUCUGUUGGGUUCUAGACUUCAGGCAGUUACUGACCGAAAUUACUGAUGGAUUUAUGGACCUAAGUAUAAAAAUUGUUGUGAUAUCUAAAUAAAUAAAGCAGUAUUUUGUUAAACUACUGGAAUUAAAGGUAAACAUCUGGACAGUUUGGUCAUGUGAUGAAAAAUCCACUGUGGGGUUGUAAGAGGCAAAAUUGAAAAAACAAAAACAUUCUGUCAUUGGGCACUGGACCGGACUGUAAGUUCACUGUUGAUCAUGCUGUGUCCACACACUGUACCAUGCCAGCACUGUGUGUGAAGGGACCCUUAAUUAUAUGCUCAUGGCUUACCACAUGUUCAUCAAGUUCAUUUUGCUCCACUUAAAAAAGUCAAAGCAUGGACAAUUCAUAAUCCUCAACCAGCUUUCUGAUAUACCUAAAUAAAUACAUAGCUUAUAAAAUGAUUGAAUCCAUUACUGUCUUUGAUAAUUGAUUUAAUGCAUUUUUUGUUUGUUUUGUUAAUGUUUGUCGCCGGUAGUAACAGGACAUCAGAGAUGUAUAUUUUUGCAACACUCAUGUUCACGGUGAUAAAUGCGAACAACUGCUGGUCAGUCAAUGUCAAACCCCAGUACUGGGCAGGAUUAGAAGAGCUUAACAAAUGUGUAUUGUGUCCAAAUCUUCAAUAUUUUGUUGUUGUGUAAGGAAUACGACAGGCUCGAGGCGCCACUAGCAGGGCUUUGUUUUUUUGUUUUGUUUGGUAAAGCUUAGUAACAUUUGUUAAUGAAAGCUUGUGAUUUUCUGAAAAAGCAAUAUCAAAACAAUUCAAAAAAGAAAAACAAAUAGAAAAUAUAAUAAACAAACAAUAGAGAUUUAUUUGUUUUAGAAGUUUAUGGCUGCAGAUAUAGCUGCAUGCUUGUUAGCUAAGAGGAAUAAUCAGCCAGAAUGGAGCAAUCAGAUGUGUUUCCUGCAGUACUAGAAUAGCACAACAAAGCAGUGAGGAGACAGAAAGGGGGGAUGGGAGGUUGCAGUGCCUUAUUUAGCUGGGGAGGAUCUAUGAAAGCUAGACAAGAAGAGUAGCUUCAUAAUAAUACCGUAUACAAACCGAGGAGAACAUAUGAAGCUAAGAGUACCACAGAAUAAUAUUCUAUAGAAGUAGAAGAAGAGAAGGACUUUGGAUAUCACGAAUGUUAUGGCUCAGGGGUUCUUAGGUUGACCAGAGCAGAAAUGCACAUAUUUCAGUUGUGCAAACUGGGGUGUUACAAUUCCAAAAGGUAUCAUAGUUGACUGUAACUAGCCUCAAACCAGGGUACAGUAGAUAAACUUAGGGCUAGGUUACAUUUUAACCACAUUUCGUUUUGUACAACAUUCUUUCAGUAAAUCCUUUUUUUCUGUUUUACAGAACUUCUAAUCCCAUUAGUUACCAUCAUCGUGAAGGGUUCAGUUUAAACGCUAAACAACCAUCACAGCCUAUUUAGAGUUAAGAUUAGGGGUACGGUUAGCAUUAAGUUCAUAUUUACCAGGUUGUAAAUUCAAUUGGAAUUUUCACCUAUUUAAUAUUUUCAGCUGAAGUCUAAUAACAGAAAUUCUGAAGGUAAGAUGCAUGUGUGAGACCUAAGGUAAUGUCUUGAGAACAGUAAUGUUAUGUUUAGCAUGUAGCUAAAAUGUAACCUAACCUCACUUUUAAGUGGGCUGUAAGUAAGUUGGUGGAUGUUAAAAGGUUAAUGAAAUUUUCCGUAUUUAAUCUGUCUUUAUAAAAACACAUUUGGGGAAAUAUACAAAAUAUAUGUUUAAAUUGACACCAGCUUACUCAUCAGAAUACAACAGAUGUCGGUGGCCCUAAUAAGACAACAGGUUGAGUGUAUGCUGCAGGUUCUGUUCAGCUAUAUGAGUGAUGCAGAAUAAAUAUAUUUUUUUUAUUGUAUAAUUUCUGAUACUGCUAUACAACCAAGUUUAAAGAUCAACACUUGUCAUGGCUUUGGUUAGAAAUCAGCAGCCAUGUGUUACAGUCUAUUUUCAGUUUCUUAGGAAUUGUAAUAGUUACAUCUCACUUAACUAGCAACAAUUAACAUUCCAUGGAACACAUUUCACAACUUUCUUGUCAAAUAAGGAAUAGUUCAUGAUAUGCAUUUUUGUGAUGUUCUUAUAUGAUAAUUACUUUUAUUGUAAACACACCUCCCUCUCAAAAAAAGUCUAAAAAAAUAUUUGCAUGCUAAUGGGGAAUAUUGAGUAGGUAUAAUAAAUACACUAAAUCUCUGCUGCCCAUAAUGUAUCCAUUCAGAUUAUUUUAGUUAUUUAAGAUAAAUCAUUUAGGUGUUGUGGGAUGAGUUGUAACUUAUUAAGACAUUUUACCACAAUUGUAUUUGAAAAAAUAAGACAGUAGGCCCUGCUUUUCUGUCAUUUAACCAUCUCUGUUUGUAAAGGUUUGCUUAAGUUGGUUCUGAGGUCAAGCAAAAGACCUUAAGGGAAUUUAAGAGACGAAUCACUUUUACCGUUGUAUAUCUCAAAGAAAGAGGUAGAACAAAUUAAAGCUUACUUAACUUUGUCUCAGAAGUAAUUUAAGUUUUAUAUUUAUUCAGUUAUCUUUUAUUUUCAGAUAAUAAAGAAGUAAAUUGAGGUUUUGUUAUAUUUGUUUCACUCGAUCUUAAAGGUGCAACAAGUAGCGUAAUAUUUCACUGGCUCUAACCUAUAGAUUUUGUUAUCUGUCACCCUUUUAUCUCUAAAACCCAAAACUGUCAGUAGUAGAGUGUGAGAAAGUUGAAAGGAAUAUCAGUUCAACUUGUAUAAACUGUUUAACAAAUUUAAGCUGCUGUUUGAUGCAAAGUGUUUGAUAAUAAAUCAGGCAGCUUAAAGUAUGAUGCAGUUUGUCAGAGAAGACAAUGUCAGGAAGCCUAUAAAUGAAACUCACUCUAGACUGUGCUGAUGGAGACGCAUUGGUAGGAACAUGUUUGUUGUUAAUGCUGUUGUGUUUAGGCUGGCACUAGAGGCCACUAAAGAGCCAUGUUUACUGGUUUCACCUUUAAGUGAGUGCUGGUGCAUGUGUAACUGAUAACUGAUGACUUUAACACUGAUAACACAGUGGAUGUCACAACUGCAAUCAACCAGUGUAAGUGUCUUGAAUUGUGUUCACUAUACCAUGCUGAUGCGAUGCCUCAUUUUUAUUUAUCCCAAUCCCUUUUCAGACUGAACCACGCCAUUAACAAGUGGCAUUUUGCUCAUGUAAAAAUAAAUAUUUUCCAUAUGUAUCAUGAAGGGGGAAUGUUUAGUUUGCCACAAAGUCUACUUCAUGUAGUAAUUAUGAGUAGGCUAUUGCUACUUCUGAGAGACAAAUGUGUAAAGAGGAAAUUGAUCUAUAAGCAAUGAUAGAUUUGCAUGAUUUUGAAAAUAAAAUUUUAUUUAUUAACUUGUUAA